CUUCCUCAAAAGAAAAGACCCUCAUUUUGGCUUUUCUUGCCCCCUCAACUCACCGGCCCCAAUAAACCGUCUGGUCAAAGUCUCCUCAAACCCCUAUCUCCGCCCCACCACACCCCUCCUCCGCUAACAACCACUGCGCCUUGCAUCCUGCAAAGUCAGCUCGGCGGAGGUCUUAUAAAAGAUGGAGUCAAAAUUGGAGCUAAUAAGAUCAAUUGAGUCAGCUUUGGGGGUGUCGUUGGGGGAAGAUGGAAACCAAGUUCUGUUGGUCCUAACCACGUCGUUGGCCGCGAUCGUGGGUUUAUUAGUGUUUUUAUGGAAGAGAUCGAGUGAUCGAAGUAAAGAAACGAAGCCGUUGGUGAUUACCAAGUUGAACACUUCGGUCCCGGAGGAGGAAGAGGAUGAUGUGGAUCCUAGUAAGGUUAAAGUUACGAUUUUUUUUGGUACUCAGACUGGUACUGCUGAGGGCUUUGCUAAGGCAUUGGGAGAAGAGAUCAAGGCAAGAUAUGAGAAAGCAGUUGUUAAAGUUGUUGAUUUGGAUGAUUAUGCUGCGGAUGAUGAUCAGUAUGAGGAAAAGCUGAAGAAAGAGACCUUGGCAUUCUUCAUGGUUGCAACUUAUGGAGAUGGAGAGCCGACUGAUAAUGCUGCAAGAUUUUACAAAUGGUUUAGUGAGGGAUUAAAAGACAGGGAGCCCUGGCUUCAACAACUUACCUAUGGUGUGUUUGGUCUGGGUAACCGUCAGUAUGAGCAUUUCAAUAAGAUCGGCAAGGUAAUCGAUGAACAACUAAGUGAACAAGGUGCGAAACAGAUUGUUCCACUUGGUCUUGGAGAUGAUGACCAAUGUAUCGAGGAUGAUUUUGCUGCCUGGCGAGAUCAACUUUGGCCUGAAUUGGAUCAGAUACUUAGGAACGAGGAUGAUGCAAACUCUGCGUCUACCCCAUAUACUGCUGCAAUUCUCGAGUAUAGAGUAGUGUUUUAUGAUUCUGAGGACACAUCUUACGAGGAUAAGCAAUUCAGCAUGGCUAAUGGGAACACCUCAUAUGAUAUUCAUCAUCCUUGCAUAGUUAAUGUUGCUGUUCAAAGAGAGCUUCAUACACCCGAAUCUGAUCGGUCAUGCAUCCACCUGGAAUUUGAUAUAUCUGGCACUGGCAUCAAUUAUGAAACUGGAGAUCAUGUGGGGGUUUAUGCUGAAAACUGUGAUGAAACUGUUGAAGAAGCAGCAAAACUGUUGGGCCAACCUUUAAGUGUACGAUUUUCUAUCCAUGCUGACAAAGAAGAUGGAACCUCCCUUGGAGGCUCAUUACCGCCUCCUUUUCCCGGUCCUUGCUUUCUUCGUACUGCCCUUGCUCGCUAUGCUGAUCUUUUGAAUCCUCCUCGAAAGGCUGCUUUGGUCGCAUUAGCUGCUCAUGCAAGUGAACCUAGUGAAGCAGAAAGGCUAAAAUUCUUAUCAUCACCUCAGGGGAAGGAUGAGUACUCCCAAUGGGUUGUGGGGAGUCAGAGGAGUCUUCUUGAGGUAAUGGCUGAGUUUCCCUCAGUGAAACCUCCACUUGGUGUAUUUUUUGCAGCAAUAGCCCCUCGUCUGCCACCUCGUUACUAUUCGAUCUCUUCUUCACCCAGAUUUGUUCCCAAUAGAGUUCAUGUGACCUGUGCCUUGGUUUAUGGGCCAACUCCAACUGGCCGUGUUCACAAAGGAGUAUGUUCAACCUGGAUGAAAAAUGCUGUUCCAUUGGAGAGAAGCCAAGAUUGCAGCAAGGCUCCUGUUUUUAUUAGAUCUUCCAAUUUCAAGUUACCAGCUGAUCCUUCAAUUCCAAUCAUCAUGGUGGGACCUGGCACUGGCUUGGCUCCAUUUAGAGGAUUUUUACAAGAGAGAUUGGUCUUGAAAGAAGAGGGCGCUCAGCUUGGUCCUGCUUUAUUGUUCUUUGGCUGCAGAAAUCGCAGGAUGGACUUCAUUUACGAGGAUGAGCUAAAUAAUUUUGUCGACCAAGGUGUAAUAUCAAAGCUGAUUGUUGCAUUUUCUCGCGAGGGGCCACAGAAAGAUUAUGUGCAACAUAAGAUGAUAGAGAAGGCUGCCGAGUAUUGGAGUUUGAUCUCCCAGAAGGGGCAUCUUUAUGUAUGUGGGGAUGCAAAGGGGAUGGCAAGAGACGUGCAUCGCACUUUGCAUACCAUUGUUCAGGAGCAGGAAAAGGUCGAUUCCACAGAAGCGGAGGCCAUGGUGAAGAAACUACAAAUGGACGGGAGGUAUCUCAGGGACGUUUGGUGAUGAUAUUUACUUGUGUACCAAUUGUUUGCUUCAUAGGCAGGACGCAAUUCUUUUUUCUUCCAUAUUACAAGCUCGUUCUUUGCAGUUUUCUCGGUUGGUUUGGGUGCCAGAAGCUAGUGAUGGACCAACACUCUAAACUGCAGCCGUGCAUUCCUGGCUACAUGAAAGUUUUGUCUGCUGGGUUGCAGGGUUUUCUGUUUGUAUUGGACAUACAUAAUAUAUGUGUAAUCUCUUGGUUAAAUUCAACAUUGAUACGGAAAAACAUCAUACUAGGUAGCAGCAAGUCAUGUGGAGGCCAAGUUGGUUGUAGUAGGGUUGCUUUGCAUGGUUUUGUAAUGUUAGUUAUGUAAACAAAGGAAGAGUAAGAAUAAAGCUGAUAAUUUGCACUUUGUUUA